CGGCGGUUGUUCCGCUUCCCCUCAGGCCCCGGCGGUCGCCAUUGCCGAAGGCUGCCACCCCUGCCCUCCCUGAACUGGGGCGCUUGGGGCGGCCGCACGGCCUAGUAGCGAGGGCGGCCGCAGCAGCGCCCCGGGGGAGGGGGCCUCGAGUUGCAGAGGCCGGCUCCCGGUCCCCCCUGCCCUCCCUUCCCUGGCCGCGCCCGCCCGGGGCGGCUCCGGAGCCAAGCAGCCAGCCAGGCGGGGAGCGCGGGGCUUGCGUCCCGACGGUCGCAGGAGGGAGACGCUGACCCAGGCGCCUCGCAGGGGCGGGGACGCAUCGCUCUGUGGCCGUGGUUUUUGUAUAAUCAUUCUUAAUCAUGUCUGAUAACGGAGAACUGGAAGACAAGCCACCAGCGCCUCCUGUCCGUAUGAGCAGUACCAUUUUUAGCACUGGAGGCAAAGACCCCUUGUCAGCUAACCAUAGUUUGAAACCUUUGCCAUCUGUUCCAGAGGAAAGAAAGCCUAGGAAUAAAAUCAUCUCCAUAUUUUCAGGCACUGAGAAAGGAAGUAAGAAAAAAGAAAAGGAGCGGCCAGAAAUUUCUCCUCCUUCUGAUUUUGAACACACCAUCCAUGUUGGCUUCGAUGCUGUUACUGGAGAAUUCACUGGAAUGCCGGAACAGUGGGCUCGAUUACUACAGACCUCCAAUAUCACCAAACUAGAACAAAAGAAGAACCCCCAGGCAGUGCUGGAUGUUCUGAAGUUCUAUGACUCCAAUACGGUGAAACAGAAAUAUUUGAGCUUUACCCCUCCUGAGAAAGAUGGCUUCCCUUCAGGAACACCAGCACUGAAUGCAAAAGGCUCAGAAACUUCAGCAGCAGUAACAGAAGAAGAUGAUGAUGAUGAGGAGACUGCUCCUCCUGUCAUUGCUCCUAGACCGGAUCAUACAAAAUCAAUUUACACACGAUCUGUAAUUGAUCCUAUUCCUGCACCAGCUGGUGAUUCUAAUGUUGAUAGUGCUGCCAAAUCUUCAGACAAACAGAAAAAGAAGACUAAGAUGACAGAUGAAGAAAUUAUGGAGAAACUAAGAACUAUAGUCAGCAUAGGUGAUCCCAAGAAAAAAUAUACCAGAUAUGAAAAAAUUGGGCAGGGAGCUUCAGGUACCGUUUUCACUGCUACAGAUGUGGCGUUGGGGCAGGAGGUUGCCAUCAAACAGAUAAAUUUGCAGAAACAGCCUAAGAAGGAAUUAAUCAUUAAUGAAAUUCUUGUAAUGAAAGAAUUAAAGAACCCCAACAUAGUCAACUUCUUAGAUAGUUAUCUUGUAGGGGAUGAAUUAUUUGUGGUAAUGGAGUACCUUGCUGGAGGGUCUCUUACUGAUGUUGUAACAGAAACUUGCAUGGAUGAAGCACAGAUUGCUGCUGUAUGUAGAGAGUGUUUACAAGCUCUGGAGUUUCUACAUGCCAAUCAGGUGAUUCACAGAGACAUCAAAAGUGACAAUGUUCUUUUGGGAAUGGAAGGAUCAGUGAAACUCACCGACUUUGGUUUCUGUGCUCAGAUCACACCAGAGCAGAGCAAAAGAAGUACCAUGGUGGGGACCCCUUAUUGGAUGGCACCGGAAGUAGUCACACGUAAAGCUUAUGGGCCUAAAGUGGACAUUUGGUCUCUGGGAAUUAUGGCGAUUGAGAUGGUGGAAGGAGAACCCCCAUACCUUAAUGAGAAUCCCCUGAGGGCCUUGUAUCUAAUAGCAACAAAUGGGACUCCUGAACUGCAGAACCCAGAGAAACUCUCCCCGAUAUUUCGAGAUUUCUUAAAUCGGUGUUUGGAGAUGGAUGUAGAAAAAAGGGGUUCAGCCAAAGAAUUAUUACAGCAUCCCUUCCUGAAACUGGCUAAACCUUUGUCUAGCUUGACACCGCUGAUCAUGGCAGCUAAAGAAGCAAUGAAGAGUAACCGUUAAUAGCAUUGCCAUUUGUGGCUUCAUCUUUCUUUUGUCAUUUUUUAAAAAAGAAGUCUUUAUAAUAUAUACAAUUGUUACUCUUUUUAGGGGUUUGAAAAAAAUUGUCAGCACACUGGGGUGGUUGGGGGGAACCAAGCCUGCCUCCCUGGAGACAUAUAAGACAAAAUUAAGGAAAAGAAUUGUUAUGACUCUCCACCCCUUCUUAGGGUCCAAGAGAAAUUGUGGACUGAAUCACUGGCCUUUCACCUUUCUGCCAACAGCCCAGCAGUGCCAUUUAUCAAGCUUGGAAUUUGCAUUUUAUUUUAUUUUUGCUGACUUUGCUGUAACAGAUCCCAUUCAUUGUACCCAUUGGGGUAUUUUCAAUACUUGAAUGGCAGAUUCAAGCUUUCAGAGAAAGGCAUUUGUUUGAUCUGCUAGUCUCCUCUCCUAUUUUCCCCUAUCCUUCCUGUUCCUUUACCUGCUCCUUUUGGAUUGCUUUGAGAAAUUUUUUCUCAUGCCUAAAUUAAAGCAAGUGUGGUAGAUAUUAUGUACCUCGUUAUAUUAGAAAAGAGGCUUCCUAUGAUUUAAUUUUGUGUAGAAGCCAGGACCAGCUACUUAAAGCACUGUUACAUUUAAUAACAUUUUAGUUGUGAUAAACCAUUUUGAGGAAGGGAAGGGUUUUGUUUUUUUAAAUUUUGUUUUUUUGGCCUUAGGGAGAUUAAAAUUAAAAGGGUCUUUUUUAGAAAUAUGGUGGUGAUGUUUGGAAUGCAGGUUAUAAGUAGAGAGGAGGAGGAUGACUAGAACCUUUUUAACUAAAUCGUUGAGGCAAAGGAAGACGAUUGACGAUUGAGUGCCUGCAAUUGUCAUCUUCCUUUGUGUUUCUUUGGAUUUCUGUUGCCUGCAGUUCAGAGUUAUCUGUACUGUAUACUUGGUUUUAGAAACCAAACGGUUUGUUCUUACCCCAGCUUGGACUCUAUCACUUUGGCUGGUGCCUUUUUUUACUUUAUCAAAUAAGUUUUUGUAUAUGUUGUAACUUUUUUUUAAUCCCCAACAGCAAAUAAUAUGAUAACCAUUGAAUUUUCAGGAUUUGAAUAUUAAAUACCUUUUUAUUCCAUUAAAAUACACAAAUAAUUCAAUAUAUUGGGGAAUAUUAUAAGAUAAGUUAGAGACUUGAAAAUAUGUGAACUGAAACUUGGUAUUCCCAGAAACAGUUAGUGGUUGUAAUAGUAAAAAGUAUAGAGAAGCUUAAAGACAUCUCACAGGGAUGAAGCUUGUUACAAGCUGGGGAGAUUCACCUUGAAUUAUGAAAAGGUCCCAAAACUUCACCAAUAUUUUACUGGCUAGGAUGCCAUGAGUAAUUCCACAAAUACUGCUGCUAAAGGACUUGUGGAUCAUUUCAUUUACUGAGUUGCUAUAGGUUUAAAUUAGGAGGUAAUCAAUGAUGGGUCACUUUGAAUUCAUAUGAAGUUCUAAAUUUCAUGUACCAAGAAAUUGGAAAAGGGAAGUAAAUAAGAAUGAAAUGAAUUUUGAUGUCUAUAAGGCAUCCUUUCUGUUAAAAAGCUUUUACUCCUUGAUUGAAAUUUUAAAAAGCAUUUUGAUGUUUAGAAUUCUCUCUCACCUAUAAUGUUCAUUAUUAAUAGGAACCUCUUUUUAGAAGCUAUGCUGCUUCAUCUAAAUUGCCAAGGAACUUUAAAAUAAUUAAUUUGGUUCUUGCAGUUAUUUGCUUCUAUUCAAACCCACAUUUACUUAGCCAUACACCAGCAAUGCCAAAUAAUGAGUAAGAACAAUUAAGUGUUAGGGAUACUUUCUAAAAGAUGGAAAAACAAACAUUUUAAAAAAUGUAUUUUUGUCAUCAAAGGAAGCUAGCCCAUACUUAAUUUCUUCUUACGUCUGUGUUAAGAUGUGACCAUGAUAAAUAGAAAUGACUACCAGAAAGGUUUUUGCCAAAAUCAUAAAACAAAACCUGUAACUAGGGCACUUAGUAGAAUGGUCUCUGAUUUCAGUCUAUCUUGAUUUUUAUUUUUCUUGCUAUCAUUGGCCCUUCUGCAGUGGUUUAUUAUUUCAUCAUUUUACAGCAACAAAAUGCCUUAUUCCCUUUGAAAAACUCUAGUGCCUCUUGAGUUUCAACUUUUUAAUGUUCUGCUUUGUAAGCAGUCACUAGAUAGAUUUGUAUAAAAAAAGAUACUACCAGUGGAGUAGGGAAACCUAAUAAUGAAAUUGCAAUAUCGUUCCUCAAGAAGGCAGUAACUUUGGGUAUUGAGUUUAUAAAUAGCUUCUAUUUCUAUACAUGAGCCAUAGAAAGCAUGUUCACUGGAUACAACGUCAGUGCCCCCAUUUUAAAGCACAUGACUCAGUAAAGGGCUUUUUGGUUUAUAGGAAGAGUUUGGAAUUAUAUUUAAUCUUUUUUUUUAUUGAUGGUGCCCUGCAUGUCCAUUGCUGGCAAUGGACUGUGCAUCAUGAAAAUCUGACUCCUGGGAUAUGGGACCUAAGCCCCAGUCUGUUCUUUACUUAGUAAGAUUAACUAAUCUAUCAUAGGAAUAUACUUGGAUUAUUUCUGAAAUUUGUAAAUUUUAAACAAAAUAGUUUAAGAGCAAUAAGGAAUUGUGAUUUAUUCAUUUUUAACAAUUAAAAUGUCAUUCUGAUCUUGUCGAAAGAACAAAUUUAACUGAAUCAGGAAUCUUUUUUUUUUUUUUAAGCAAUUGCCUUUUAAAAUUAUUUUUGUUUUCACUUUGGGUUGAAGUGUCUCAUUCAAAUCCAAGAAUUACCUUAAUAGUUGAGCUCUGUGGGGUAUUAUGUUGUAGUACUGUAUUUAGCACUACAAUGAAAGCUGUGACUUAUGGUAGCCAUUAGGCUACCUGUCCCCAUUCUUUGGUGUCACAAACUUUAGGGAUAAUCCCAGGAAGCCAUGGAAGUACUGAGAUUGUUUUUCCCUAUUGGUAAUUGGUGAGCAAGGAGAGUCACUGGGAUUAUAUAAACUUCUCUCAUCUUCCAAAUAUGCCUGUUAAGCUGCUUAAACUUAAUCAAGUCAACCACCAAUCCAAAAUCAACCUGUGCCUUUUAAAUAUAGUUUUAAAAGUAUCUUUGAGUGUUUCUUUAGGGGGAUCCUUUAAAUGAAUUUUGGAGGUUAAUUGUGUAUGCUGUGUCCUAGCUAGAUAUAAUCUUAGUGCAUCUUAGGCAGUAGUGGAGAGAAGUAGGAGUAGCAGGAAAAUUGGGUGCUUAAGGAAUUGGUAACAUUUUAGAAAUCUUUUAAAAUACCCAGAUAUCCAGUGAGCAUCUCUAUAUUUCAAUGCCUAAUUACUUUAGGUUAUAGUUAACAAGCAUCCAGAUGAGUAUUUGCGUUGGGUGUUUUGCAGUGCAAUUUCAUAGCUUUAAUUUGAAGUGUAACAGUAUAAAAACCAAUGUCCAAGGGAAAGUUUUAAAAUCCAUUGUCUUCCUGUCUCUGCCCAGUUCCCCUCCUCCAAGUUUAAUAGUUUUUUUUCAGAGUGUAUAUAUUCACUCAAGAAAGAAGUAUUUAUUGAGCACCUACUAGAAGCAAAGUGCUAUGCUAGAUGUGCAGGGCUUGCCAUCUAGUGGGUUCACCACACUAGCCUUUUCGGAGUAGAGAGGCAGUAAGAAAUGUCAUCAAGCCAACUAACUGUUCUUAAAUUUUAAUUCUGUAGUAAAAGGGUGGAAU